UUGUUCUGUUAUCCCUUUUGUCACCUUCCUUACAAUUUCCUUUCUAUCUUUUUACAGACAUAUUCCUCUCUUUUUCUCUGUCUUUCUAUCCUUUCGUGGGAAUCAUCUCAUUUCCCGUGACUACAAACUCCCAACUCGUAACCCUACUCCUCCAUUGAAACACAACAUUUAAAGCUUCUAACUUUCCCAUUUCUUCCUGUUAUUUAUCAAUGCACCGUUAUUUCGCUGUCUCUGGCUAGAGAGAAAAGAAAAAAGAUGAUGAGGUCACCUCAGGUACGAAACGGCGUCGUUGAUACGCCGUCGCCGUCACACUUUCACUCCACCGUGUCCGUACACAAGCUCCGGCGUUUUAACAUUUUGAUUAUCGUCUUCCGAUUUGCUUCCUUCUGCUUCUCGCUUGCCUCCGCUAUCUUCAUGUUUACGAAUUCUCGCCGCGGCGGCUCCGAUUUUCCUCAGUGGCACCACUUCGACGCCUUCAGGUUUGUGGCUGUUGCCGGUGGAAUUGUUGCAUUAUAUUCACUGUUCGAAGUAGGAGCAUCCGUUUGGGAGAUUUCAAGAGGCGUCACUGUGUUCCCUGAAGCGCUCCAAGUUUGGUUCGAUUUCGGCCACGACCAGGUUUUUGCGUACCUAUUACUAUCGGCGGAUUCGGCCGGAACAUCGUUGGCUCGGACGUUGAGGGAUAUGGACACGUGUAAGGUCAACAAUGCAUUCUGCGUGCAAUCUGAUAUCUCAAUAGCCUUUGGAUUCGCCGGGUUUAUGUUCUUGGGUUUUUCUUCUCUCUUGUCGGGUUUCCGGGUUGUAAGUUUUAUUAUCAAUGGCUCUCGAUUUCAUGUGUAAGAUAGAGGGGGUUACAAGGUUGGGGUGGUGGAGAAAAUUAAAGAAAAAUGUAAAAUAAAUUCAUUUUUUUUAAAUUAAUUUCCCCCCUUUACAUUGAUA